GUCGGAGGAGGAGGUGUUUCGAAGAUGUGACAUAAGAUUAUGCUACAGCCUUUACUCUUCACACUAACUUUGUUGCAGACCUAUUAAAACUGUUGAAGCAGUAUUGUCUGCUUCCUUGAGUAGCCCACAUAUUCGCUUGUUUAACGUUAUAGUUAACAUUAAGAAGAACAUGUCAUGAGGUCAUUAGCAGUCUGCUUCAGUGUCCUUCUCCAAACUAGAUAAGGUGGCUGAAGUGUCCGUCGUUCUCCUGGAGUUGAACUUCUCGUAGUCUGAAUCAAAAGUACUCUGUGUCAAGAGUGUCCACGCAAUCUCGAAAAUGUUAGCAUGUCAACGUUGGCUCCGACCUCAAAACGUAAACUUCCUGAGGUUGUCUUCAGAGACCCUCCGUAGGCUAGCUGUCUAUCCUUGUACGAGAAACAUCAGUCUGUCAGUGGCACGCAGCCAUGGGGCCUCCAUGCGCGCGUGGGUCAUCAACCGGUACGGUACAAAUGAUGAGCUUGCUUUGAUGGAAAACCACCCGGCGCCCAGUGUCAACCAUGCACACGAGGUCCUCGUCAAAGUUCAUGCAGCCAGUCUCAAUCCACUUGAUAUAUCAAUGCGCGGUGGGUAUGGUGCAGGUGUGUUGCGCUUAAGGAGGGACCCUCGCACACUGCUGCAAAGAGGGACCGAGUUUCCCCUGGUGCUGGGACGAGAUGUGUCCGGUGUGGCCCUGGAGUGUGGCUCAGGGGUUACACACGUUCAAGCAGGAAAUGAGGUAUGGGCAUCGAUUCCUCCAUGGCAGCAAGGCAGUUUUGCAGAGUGUGUUCUCCUGAAUGGUAGUGACGUCUCUCUGAAGCCUAAAGCGCUGAGUCAUGUUGAGGCGGCGUCUAUCCCAUACGUGGCGGCAACAGCCUGGUCAGCUUUGGUUACUACAGGGGGCCUGCACAGUGAGAACUGCUCCAAGAAGAGGAUCUUGGUGCAUGGGGCAUCAGGUGGAAUUGGCACUUUUUCUAUUCAGCUGCUGAAGGCCUGGGGCGGUCAUGUGACGGCCACCUGCUUUAAGGAUGGCCUUGGCCUGGUCAAGGAGCUGGGAGCAGAUGAUGUCAUCGACUGCUCAACCACAGACGCAGCCUCGCAGCUAAGGACACGCCAGAAGUUUGAUCUGAUUCUGGAUAAUGUGGGCGGAGAGACGGACAGUUGGGCUAUGGACCUGCUGAAGCCUUGGGCAGGGUCAAAGUUUGUGACCUUGGUGUCACCUCUGCUGCGGAACACAGAUUCUCUAGGCCUGGUGGAUGGAGUCCUUCAGUCAGGAAUGACUUUGCAUGACAAGGCCAUCAGGAGCUUGGUAAAUGGUGUUUUUUACCGUUGGGCCUUUUAUGUGCCUGAUGGAGUGGCACUGGAUCGAAUUGGUCAACUGGUCUCAUCAGGAAAGAUCCGCCCGGUUGUCGAGGCGACCUACCCGUUCUCCCAGGUCCCAGAGGCCUUCCGGAAGGUUGAGACUGGCCAAGCACGGGGAAAAACCGUCAUCACCGUAGCGACUGAGGAAGCUGAAUCUUCCUCCUCUACCAGACACACUGACGGCCACACCCUGACCAGCACGACACACGACACAGACGUACCUCACACACACACUGCCAAACACACGGCUUCACCUGUGGCAGAGGAGAAGACCCACGCCACCCAAACACACACCCCAUCACCUGUAAUGGUGGCGGCUGUAAUGGCGGUGGAGGGACUGACCGUGGAGGCUGUGGAGGAAGGCCGUGUGGAGACUGGACCUGCAUUCGCUGAGGGGUCUGAGCAUCCAGGGGCACAGGGCAUAGAGGCAGAGUCUGCAGAGAUGGCACAGGGCACAGUCACAGAGUCUGUAGAAAUGGCACAGGCAGAGGCAGAGUCUGCAGAGAUGGUACAGUGCAUAGAGGCAGAGUCUGAAGAGAUAGCACAGGGCUCAGUGGCACAGGCUGCAGAGAUGGCAGCACAGGCUGCAGAGAUGGCACAGGGCUCAGUGGCACAGCCUGUAGAGAUGGCACAGGGCUCAGUGGCACAGGCUGCAGACAUGGCACAGGCUGUAGAGAUGGCACAGGGCUCAGUGGCACAGGCUGCAGAGAUGGCACAGGGCUCAGUGGCACAGGCUGCAGAGAUGGCAGCAAAGGCUGCAGACAUGGCACAGGCUGCAGAGAUGGCACAGGGCUCAGCGGCACAGGCUGCAGUGGGCACCCAGAUGACUGAGACUGUUGACACAGGCCACAGAUAGCCAACAGGCCACUCAGAGAGAGUGAGAGUGGGAACUCUCUCUCACACACACACUCUCACAUACACACACAC